UUAUAUGAGUCGAAAUUAUGCCUAUAUAUGGCCAUAUUUAUGUUGGCCCACUCCAUCGAAGACUACAUUACCUGCACGGCAGCACAAGUAACAGGUGCAUCCGCCAACUCUCUUCGACAAUUCAGAAUGUCUUCAGAGAUAUACAAGUACGACGACCAUUUCAAGACUGCCCGAGAAUAUCUGGAGCAUUUCCACUCCGACAUGUUGGGCGAGGAUGUGGACGAAGGGUUGGCGAUGGCGUGGACCUUGGGUCAAUUACAUCAGACCUUUACUGGAGACAGAGACUUCGGCAGAAGACUGUUAGACGUUGGAUCAGGCCCGACAGUGUACCAGCUGAUUAGCGCCAGCCGGGUUUGUCCAGAAAUCAUCUGCUCAGACAUUCACAAGGGAGCCUUAGCGGAGAUAAAGAAAUGGAAGAACGGUGACCCGAACGCGUUUGACUGGACGGAUGCAGUAAAGUUUGUCUGUGAAUUGGAGGGCACGAGGUGGGAAUCUCGCCAAAAGCAGCUGCAAAAUGCCAUCAAAGACACUGUUGUUUGUGACGUGUUUAAAGAGAAUCCUCUACACCCGACUGUGUUCUCACUGUUCGAUACCGUCAUCACUGCAUACUGUCUGGAAGGAGCGUGCUGGGACAAGGGGAGGUCAACAUAUGCCGAUACAGUGAGGAACAUCUGUUCCCUAUUGAAGCCAGGAGGCUACUUCAUCCUAAUGUCGUACAUCGGGGUCACCUAUUAUAUUGAGGGUGGCCAAAAGCUGCCGGAAUCUCUCCGCCUCGACCCCGAGUUCGUGUUGAAGAGUCUAUCUGAAGCAGGCAUCACGGUUUUGGAGACGUCUGUGUACAAAACUCCCGAGCGGGAGGAAUGUGUGUUUAGUGAUGUAAAGAGUAUCCUGUAUGUGGUGGGAAAGAAAACACAGUAAAGAAGCGGCGAUAGGAAGUUUCUUAAAAAUAUGCCUGGCAACUCUAUAAGAUCUUCACUCGAUCUUUCCAAUUUCCGUUAAAGUUACAUUCGAAAUUUGUAAUGCAAAAUACAUGCUUUGUUAAAAGGUUAAUAAUUGUGUUUAGGUACACCAUGUAUAUGGGCUGCUGAUUUUGUAAUCGGUUAUAACUUGGGCUGUGGUGAAAAUAUCUUUAUCAUACUUGGUAGGUAGAAUGUGGUUGGGAAAAAGCUCAGUGUUAAAUUUGGGUGCUCCAGUGGUUUUGUAAUGCAUCGGGGUACAUGGAAUGAUAUCUCGUGAUGUCGACAUACUAUGGUCUUGAUUUUUGAGUGGGACAAAGAUUUUGGGCAUUACGGAAUGAGACGUUUUGCCACUUCGACUGAAGCAAAUGACCCUUUCUUCCUCCAUUCACCACCUCUUAGGAGGAAAUUCCACGCUAAAAGCUUCUAUCCUAGAAUAACAUCACUAUGGAAUAAGCUACCACGUAAUUGUUUACCAUAUGGGUAGAGGUCAACACACAUUUGUCCUCACUGUCUGUACAGUAAGGCCACGCCGACUUAAUUUUGUGGAUGACAUCCUCUGAAGGCCCCCAACAACUGCGCGCGGCGCGGGCGAAUAAAGAAUAAAAAAUACUACUAAUGCAACAAUACAAAACAACUAAUACAAAGCUGG